AUUAAAUAAAAUGUAGGAGCGAUUUAAAGAAGAACUUCUCUCGCCUUAAUUUAAAGAUUUAGAACAAGAGCCUUCAACAUAAGAAUGCCGAAAAUUUUCAAGUAUAUCUGCUGUUGAAUUCAACACUCCUGAAACAAAAUAUAGAUCAACAAUAGGACCUAAUAAAAUGGACAUGUCUAAAGAUGCAACUUAAGUGCAUUUUAGAAAUAGAACAGCUAAAUUUGAAGAUGAAUAAAAUCAACUAUAUUUAGAUAUUAAAAAUUUGUAUGAAAAGAGAUAAUUUGAUGUCCCAACUCUUAUGGAACCAAAAAUCUUAUUUAAGACAUAAACUGUUCCAACUAAAUUUAUGUAUAUUUUAAUUAUCAUAGAAAUUUAUUUAUAGCAUCAAGAGAAGAUAAAAUGAAGUUCAAUAGUAAUCACAAUUUAAUGAUUAAGUUUUGAUAGACAAAAUGCAUUUAGCAAAUUAAUAAAGUCUAAAGAAUUUAUUUUCUUAUCAAUUUUGA